CUGGUCGAUAUCCUUGGCACAGGGGACAGUCCUGCAGACGGUCGCGAUCCGCAGUCAGCGGAUCAGAUGUGGACGAGCGUGCUGGACUGGAUGCGGGGCCAGGCGCAGUUGGACGAGCAACGGGUGGUGGCGUGGGGGAUCAGUACGGGGCCCUACUAUGCGGCGCGAAUAGCCUCGACGCAUGGGGGGAGGAUAACGGGGUCUGUAGCGCAGGGGGCGGCGACGCAUUUCUUCCUGAGUCGGGAGUGGUUGGGCCGUAUUGAUUGGCACGAGUAUCCGUUCAAGGUGACACCGUAUCUAGCCGCCAAGUUUAGGUUCUCGUCUGUGGAUGAGUUGCUCGAGGAUGGGCAGGACAAGUUCUCACUCGUCACGAUUGGGAUAGCGGAUCAGUCGUCCUGUCCACUGUUCCUGAUCAAUGGAGUCGAGGAUGGUAUCUUUCCCAUCGAAGAUUCCAUCGAAAUGCUCAAUCAUGGGUCUUCCAAGGAAGCCAGGUUUUUCCCGAAUGCCUCACACAUGGGCGGCUUGCAAGCCAUCACCGCCAUCACCGACUGGAUUUAA